AAUCAAUUAUAAGCCUUAUAUAUAUGAACUUUCAUACUAUAAGGUCUAAUUAAGAAAAAGAUUGUAUCCUGAAUCCUGAUCCAAAAACUGCAGAUAUUUUAAGAAAACGUCGAAAAUUGGAGUUGAUGAUUAUGGCUGCUGAUCCAGAAAUGAAGCUGCUAGGAUUAUGGUGCAGCCCUUACAGUAGAAGAGUAGAGAUUGCUCUAAGUUUGAAAGGUUUAGCAUAUGAUUACAUUGAAGAAGAUAUCCAAAAUAAAAGUCCUGAGCUUCUGAAAUACAAUCCUGUUCAUCAUAAGGUUCCUGUUCUUGUCCGCGAUGGUAAACCCAUCGCGGAAUCACUUGUGAUUUUGGAGUACAUCGAUGAGAUGUGGAACGACCAAAAGCCGGCUAUCUUGCCUCAACAACCUUAUGAACGUGCUACGGCGCGAUUUUGGGCUAGAUUCAUUGAUGACAAGUGUUUGCCAUCGAUCUUGAAAGCCUUUUGGGGACCGGAAAAUGAACAAGAAAUAGCUGAAAAAGAAGCGCGAUUGAACUUGAAAACACUAGAAAAAGAGCUAGAAGGGAAGAAAUUCUUUGGAGGAGCAAGCAUAGGUUAUCUUGACAUAGUAGCCAAUUUCAUUGCAUAUUGGCUUGACGCAAUUCAAAAGGCAGCUGGAAAGGAAAUACUAACAAAAGAGGCAUUUCCAUUGCUAUUCAAAUGGAAACAAGAUUUUAUUGCUUGUAAAGUUGUUAAAGAAAAUCUCCCCCCUUGGGAACGACUCGUUGCUUACUACCAAAUCCGCAUUGAAGCUGCCAAGGCUUCAAAACGAUGAAGAAAGUAACAAAAAUUCAAUUGACGGACUUUAUCUAUCGUCUUAUUCAUCAAACACUUCACUUCUUCUGCUACUAUUUUUGCAGCCAUUUGGUCAUACAAACAAAUAUGUUAAUCCCCUUUUCUAUUGGGUUAAUUAAUUACAUGAAUUUAUGCACAAUUUAUACUAGACUUAUACUAGUGUUGCUUACUUUGUGAAUCUCAAUUGAGCCAUUUUAAGGCAUAUUUCGUUCAUCUUGAUUUGGUUAAUUACUAUGUGUAAGUUUGAAUGUUCUACUCAAUCAUUCACCAAAAUCAACUCGUAAUCUAGAGUUCGUUCUAAUUACUUAAAGAGGUGUGAACAUGGGAUUGUAUAGUCGUAUACUCGUAUGAUGGCAAAACACUCACUAAGAAUUUUCAUCUCAAGUCCAUUUGUAGUCACAUAGCACUGGUGUACACUGUACUAUUUCACUACUACUACGUACUAGUUUGUAACUACAUUUUAGCUUGUGGAAACAAG